GACGAGGAGAAAGGGGAAACGGCGCGGUCCCGCCUCCUCUCCGGCCGGAGUCAGUGGCUGGGGGAGCUGUCAAUCAGCGGGAGGAAGAGGGAGGCAGGCUCGUGGUUUGGCCUGACUUGGUGAGGGGAGCGAUGUCUGCCAGCGGGAGCCCGGUGCACAGCAGAUUGCCCACCCUAUCUCUGCCCCAAAAGUCGGAAAGCGAGCUUUUGAUCCCAUUUGCAGUUGACGAGGUCCUGCUGAACAGUGGUCUCAUCCAGCACCUGGCGUUUGCUGCUAAGGAUGCUGCCCUUCUUCAGGGAAUUCUCAUGAGGACAAAAGAGGAUCCAGGCAGCAGCGAGACAAUCUGCUAUGCCCCCUUCAGUCUGUUCCCAUCGCCAGUACCUAUGAAGCUGUUCACUCAGGCGUUUGAGGUCCAGCAAGACUUCAACCUGCUGGUUGAUAAAAUCAGCAUGGAUUCCGAAUUCCUAAGAAGUGCACUUGCAAGCACCAUAGAAGUAGAUGAAUUUACAGCUCGGCUUUUCAACAUCUACAGUCAAGUACUUCAAGAAGGAAUUACCCAGCCAAUUACCUUGGGCAUAAACAGAUCAGACUACAUGUUUGACAAACAACGUGGUCAAGCUGUCACCCUGAAGCAGAUUGAGAUUAACACCAUUGCUGCUAGCUUUGCAGGGCUGGCUGACAGGAUUCCUGAGGUGCAUCGGCAUGUAAUGAAUGUCUGGGGAAAACCGCAAGAGGCAGCAAAGAUCCAGAGUAACAAAGCAGCGAAAGGAAUUUGCAAAGGAAUCGCAAAAGCCUGGCAGUUGUAUAGAUCAUCGGAGGCAGUGGUUCUUUUCCUGGUUGAGAAAGUCUCGAGGAAUAUCUUUGAUCAGCGCUGCUUAGAAAUGGAGCUUUGGAAAAAAAAUAUUCGUGUAAUACGGAGGCAAUUGAUAGAAAUAUAUGAGAGAGGGUGUUUGGAUGAAGAGAAAAGACUUCACAUAGAUGGCUAUGAAGUGGCAAUAGCCUAUUUUCGAACCGGAUACAGUCCAGAUGAUUACCACAGUGAAGAGUGCUGGUUGGCACGACUGAUGAUCGAGCGUUCAUUGGCAAUUAAAUGCCCAAAUAUUGCCACCCAUCUUGUGGGAGCCAAGAAGAUACAGCAGGUGUUGGUGCGUGCCGGAGUCCUUGAGAACUACCUGUCCGAGUCCCCGGAAGCGAUCGAACGAAUCCGUGCCACUUUUGCGGGCCAGUACAGCAUCGAUGAGGGUCGUGAGGGUGAUGAAAUAAUAGCAAAAGCAUUGGAGGAUCCAGAAUCUUACGUGCUGAAACCACAGCGAGAGGGAGGAGGUAACAACAUUUUCGGUGAAGAGCUGAAGCAGGUUCUGCUCAGCAUUAAAAAUGGAUCAAAGCGAUCAGCCUAUAUCCUGAUGGACCGGAUCAGACCACAGGCAGUGAAGAAUUACCUGCUGCAGGCUGGCACGGCUGUGAAACUGAAGGAGUGUAUAGUUGAAUUGGGAAUGUUCGGUGUCUAUAUCAGGAAUUGUAAUAAGAUGGUGAUGAACGUAUGCCCCGGGUACUUGCUUCGCACAAAGAGCACGGAGUUUGCGGAUGGAGGCGUGGCUGCUGGAGUGGCAGUUCUCGAUACGCCGUACUUCAUCUGAACCACAGGUGUACUGGCGUGUAUGUGCAGACUGCUGUGGGAAUUCAGCAAGGACUUUCCCACCCUCCCUGCUGGGUGGAAGAAGGGCAGAGGUGAUGAUGGCCCUUCAACCAGUAAUUUACUGAAGGAUUCAGAAUCUUAAUUUUAAAUAAAAUGGACCAAUCAAAUCGAUACAAUUCAGAACAGCUGGGCAGCACAGUAGCAUAGUGAUUAGCCUAAUACUUCUCCAGUGCCAGCAAUUCUUGCCACUGUCUGGAAGUAGUUUAUAUGUUCUCCCUGAGACCAUGUGGGCUUCUCCCAGUUUCCUCCCUCAUUCCAAAGACAUACAGGUUAGUGGGUUAUUUAGUCAUAUGGGUGUAAUUAGACUGUGUGGGCUCUUAGGGCCAGAAGGGCCUGUUACCGUGCUGUUUCUCGAAAAAUCUAAAAAACUGAAGUAAAGGGUUAGAUGUCUCUGGUUGUUAACAGGGUUGACAGUGUCUGAAAAAAAUGAAAUGUUACUCAGGCAGCAUUGAUAAUUGCAAGUUAUUACCCCCAGGUAUGUCACUGGGAUUUCUACAGUUUGCAACACACACACACACACACACACACACACACACACACACACACACACACACACACACACACACACACACACACACACACACACACACGCACAAUGCUGGAGGAACUCAGCAGGUCAGGCAGCAUCAAGAUCAACCAGGCGGAGAGAGAGGGAUGAUGGCAUGAACAUUGAUUUCUCUAGCUUCUGUUAAUUUUUCCUCUCCCACUCUUUUUUUUCAUUCCCCAUUCUGGUUCCCCUCUCACCCCUUCUGUUUUCCUCAUCUGCCCAUGACUUCCCUCUGGUUCCCCUCUUCCUUCCCUUUCUCCCAUAGUCCAGUGUCCUAUCAUAUUCCUUUUUCUUUAACCUUUCACCUCUCAACUUGUACCCCUUCACCCCCCCCCACAUACACACUUUGUGUAUGUGCUGAUUUAUGGUUGCCUUUCCCUUCUAACGCCUUCUGCCAUUUCUGCAAGGAAAUAAGUUUUUAAUUUGCAAUUUGCUGAUAAUAUUGUGUGUACCCAAUGACACUGACACCUCUGUGUGCUCAAUAACAUGGCCUACCUUCAGAUCAGUUUUGUUUUUCAAUAAGAGUAUCUUCCCUGCCUAACCUAAUCAAAUAUUUUGACCAUAUCCAUAACCUGGUUACCAAUUUCAAAGGGAUGAUUCAAAAUGCUGGAGUCAGGCAGCAUAAGUGGUGCACCUGAGUUCUUGCCCUGAAAUACUGACUGUGCAUUCUUCUCUAUAGAUGCUGCCUGACCUGCUGAGUUCCUCCAGUAUUUUGUUUAUUUUACUCUGAAUUUUCAGCAUGUAUUGAUUCUCUUGUGCUGAAAGAGUUGAUUUAUUUUUGUGUAAAAUGUGAUUUUAAAAUGAAUCGCAAUGAAGUCUAUUAUUAGAUAAGCAGGAUUUAGCAACUCUAUGUACGUAGACUUACAGAACACUAACGUUUUAAAUUUGAAGCAAUUGACCCUUUCACAAUUGUACAUCUAACUAAUUGAUGUGCAUUACUACAUAGAUCUUAAUACCAUGAUGUGCUGCUUCAGUUAGCUGUGGUCCCUAUUAUACAUACCCUCUGUACUGGAGUGCAUAAAGGGUUGAAACUGCACCUGAAGGUCUGGAGCUUACUGAAAGGGUGAUGCAGGUCUAUGAAAAAGAAAGUAACUUGUACAAAAGACGGCCUAAUGUUCACCUACCAACCUGGUAACCGGUUGAUUCAAUGAUGGUUAAUUCUAUUUGCUUUUUGUGCUCCAACCCUCCUCACUUAUUUUAAGAAAUGGUAGUGAAGCAGUUAGCAUCUUUGUCCCACAGCUCCGGUCUCAUCCUUGGCAUCUUAAAUGCUUUUUGGCAUUUGACUUUUAACAACCUUUCCUAUUUCAGACCAAACUCCUGAAGAUAUUAAAAUGUAACUAUGGGGAUCUGCAGCAACAAAAACAGACCAUUCUGCCCAACUAAUUGAGCUUAAAUCUUAACUCUUAUUUUCCUUCAAAAUUGUUUCUAGAUUUUUAACACUUUUUCUUGUUAUUGUUAAUGUUAUUGGCAGCCGGAGAUUUUGUUCUGCUAGCACAAGCAGCCUUCACUUGUGACUGGGUACUCUGAUAAGAUAUUGCAUUGAAACUGACUCUAAUCUCCCAUCGCAGAUGUCUUCCUGAAAAGCAGAUCAAUUGUGGCUGUUCGAUGCUAGAUUAGCCAGCACACUGGCUGAGUUAGGAGCAGCUUGUCUAGUCUGAACUAUAAAGGACCUUUUUGUUGAUCUUUUUGUACACAGAAUUGAAAUUGUUUAAUUUUUUUGGAGUGUGGUUCUCAAAAUUACCUAAACUUACUGUACUGUGAUCUGAUUACCUGGAUUCUCUGAUAGACCAAGGUCCUGUAUACAAGUGUACCAACACUCAUUGUGUUCUGACUACCAUUAUGAUUCAUCUAAAUUUAUUAUUUUAUUGAACAACAUAAGUGUUGCUCUCCUUGAUUAUUGUUUCAUCUACCUAUCACUACUGUGGUAAAGAAUUUGCUUCUGAAUCCCUUGAUUAGGAAUAAAUCAUUGCAAAAUGAAUUGAAAAUAAAUUCAUAACAUAA